ACAGUGGAGACCAGGAUUCAGUUGUCCCGUUCACUGGAACUCGUACAUUGGUUUAUAAAUUGGCAAAGUUUAUAAAAUUAAACACAUCUACGCCAUACCACACCUGGUUUGAUGAGAGGCAUCAGGUUGGUGGAUGGACACAAAGGUAUGGAGAGUUGCUUUCCUUUGCAACAAUAAGAGGUGCCAGUCAUGAUGCUCCAUUUUCACAGCCUGAGAGGUCUCUUAUAAUGUUCAAAUCAUUUCUUGCUGGAAAACCAUUGCCUGUUCUCAACACACGUAGUGAAAAAGCAAUGCAAACUAGAAGCACAUCAACGACGAGAUUCGUUGGAAAACCAAAUGAUUUGCAUUAAUAUAUAUGACCCUUUGUUGAUCAG